AUGCCCAAGAUUUCGCGUCAUCGCAAUUAUCGCAAGACGUAUCGUACGCCUUCACGUGCCUUUGAAAAGGAACGUCUUGAUCAAGAACUAAAGCUUUUAGGCGAGUAUGGACUUCGUUGCAAGCGUGAGAUUUGGCGUGUUCAAUUUGCACUUUCGAAGCUUCGAAAAGCCGCUCGAGAGCUCUUGACACUGGACCCAAAGGACCCAAAACGUUUGUUUGAAGGCUCGGCUUUACUCCGUCGUCUGAAACGCUUUGGAAUGUUGUCGGAAGAUGAAAAUGAAUUGGAUUUUGUGCUUCGGUUGAAUGUGCAAAAGCUCCUGGAACGUCGUCUUCAGACAAAGGUCUUUAAACAAAAUUUGGCCAAGUCAAUUCAUCACGCUCGGGUGUUGAUCAAGCAACGUCAUAUUCGUGUCGGGAAACAACUCGUGGAUGUGCCAUCGUUCCUUGUUCGAAUGGACUCGGAGAAGCACAUUGACUUUGCAGUCACGUCGCCUUACGGUCAAGGUCGUCCUGGUCGUGUAGCUCGUCGUCGUGCUGCUCAACGUGCUGCAGCUGGUGGAGAAGACGAGGAAGAAUAA